AUGGCACGUACUAAGCGGGGACUGACAGCACAUAAGAAAAAGCCCUCGGAAUUAAGAGAUGAUGCACAUGUGGAAGAACAGCCAGAGUUAGGAGAUGAUGCACAUGUGGAAGAUCAACAGAACAACGCAGAGUUGCAGUCGACAGAACAAGAAUUUGAUCGUGAAGAUGAGGACGAACCUGAAGGUGAAGUGGAAUUAUCUGACCAUGAUGAGGCUGGAGCUGUACGUAGCCGUAAGAGACAGCGAGGUCCGACUAGGAUGAAACACAGAGCCAAGGAUCCGAACAACAAACUACAAGUAGAUUUCACUUUCACGGGAGAACCUUAUGGUUCUGGUUCAGUGAAGUUGUCUUCCUACUUGAGUCCAUUGGUCCGGGAACACGUUCCUCUGACACUCACUAUUUGGACAAAACUUAGUGAAGCUCUGAAGACACUUCUCUGGAAAUCUGUUCAGGCAAGGUUUGAACUAGACGAAGAUUACCAACGGAAAACGGUGCGGAAGCAGUUGGGAUAUUUGUGGAGUUCGGAUCACAAUAACCAUUCCUUUAUUAGGCCCUCAGUGAUAGCUACAAGGAAAGAAGGCGUAAACAGAUUCUUCACACUUGUAGUCGUAAAGGAAUGGUUAGACUUACAGAAGAAAUGUGAAAACCCCUCUGAGGUGACUCGCCUGAAGGUGUGGGUGAAGUCUCGUACGAGGAAAGAUGGUACACCGGUGAAUACGAAUGCUGCUGAGAAGAUGAAAAAGGCAUCUGAGGUAGUCCUUAGCGCUACUCCAAACACUGAUACAAAUGAAGGUGAAGAUACACUUACCCAACUGUUAGGACCUGAUAAUUCGGGCAGAAUGAGGGUCAUGGACAGGAACAUGACUAAGACGAAAUUGGCUUGUUUCGAAGUGAAACACAAGUGUAUGACUGAAAUGCAAGAGAAACAAGUACAUCUCCAGCAGAAGGUGAAUGAGUUGCAAGCUGAAAUUGCAAACCUUAAAAAUCAGCGACAAGAACCAGAAGUUGGUGAAAAUUCUGCUGCAAAAAGUGUCAACAAAAGAUCAGAACCCAAGUGUGUUUUGGUUGACUGGGCUGGUACUGACGCAAACGUUGCCGAGGGAAGAAUUAUUUCUUCUAAACCUAAUGACUUGGUGAAUGGCACUCGCUUAGGCCCCACAGAUGUGAAAGUAGUUGUUGAUUCUGCAACUGUACCAGAUGCAUUCCUUUGGAGACCUGCAACUAACAUGUUUACAAUGGUGGAAGCUGUUGGACAAAUGAUUGCAUGGCCUGCUUCUAAAUGUGUUCAUCUAAAACCGGCGAAACAAGUUGUAGACAUCAUACCCCUGACAGACGAACCGAAAACUUUGGUUAAUGGUCUACCUCUUGGACCAAAAGCAGUGAAAGUAUUCAUUGAUCAAGUGCAUCAGCCGGAGACAUUUAUAUGGAGGUCUACGAUGGAAACGACAUACAUUGAGGACUGUCUAAUGUCUUUUGUAGCAUGGCCUGCCACCAAAAUUGUCUUAGAAAACUCAAGAGAUGGAACUGGCUAUAAAUCUCCUUUUCAAAACUCUGUUUCAACUGACCAAACCGCAGGAGGGAAAUCAGUGGGCACUGCUUCUGGUUCUAUGGAGAUGUCAUUUAAAUCGGAUGCGACAGGUUCAAAGUCAGCAGCCAAAGUUUCAAAUUCGGCUAAUGAUAAGUCUCCAGAAACAUAUCCGGGAGUAGAGGUUAUCAAGGAAAAUCAGAAGUGCAAGUUGAUGGAUAUUAGUGGAAGAAAGCUGGUUGUUGCUGAAGGUCGUGUGCAUUCGACCGACCCAGAACAAAAGGUACAUUUUGUUAGAUUGGGGUUUGGUGCAGCAAGAGUUUGGGUAGACAUAGUCAAAGUUGAUGAUGCAGCAGUGUGGAAGCCAUCAGAUGAAAUCGAGACUGUGAAAGAUGCACACGGUUCAUCAAUUGCAUGGCCCAUGGAUAAAUUGGUCAUCUAUUGA